AUGAAAAUUCGCGCAGUUUUCGACGCUUCGUGUCAGGUUAAUGACCCCUCACUUAACCAAUGUUUGUAUUCAGGACCAAAUCUUAUUGCCAAGAUAUUUGACAUCCUAGUGAGAUUUAGGCUUAAUAAGAUAGGCAUCCUAGCAGAUAUAAAACAGGUGUUCAUUAACAUCGCUAUAUCUAGGGAGCAUAGAGAUUUUGUACGGUUUUUGUGGUAUGACCUCAAUUCUAAAGAGGAAAAAAUAAUCACUUACAGAUUUUUACGGGUAGUUUUUGGACUAACGAGUAGUCCUUUCUUGUUAAACGCGACGUUGAGGCACCACCUUAGCAAGUAUGUAGAGGAGAAUGCAGUCAUAGAGCGUAUUCGCGAGGAUUUGUACGUAGAUGAUUUGGUUAGUGGAGGCGAUAGCGUUGGUACAGCUAAGGAAAUAUAUGAGACUAGUAAAGCCAUUAUGCUAGAGGGAGGGUUUGAAUUACGUAAGUGGGUAACUAACGAUCCAGAACUUCGAGCAUAUAUUUCAUCGACAAUGGGUGACAAAUCUGAUUCCCAACCACUAGGGGAAGAUCUUACUUAUGUCGAGGUCAUGUCGCCUAAUUUAGUUACGCCAAAUCAGGCUGUCUUAGGUGUUGCGUGGGAUACCAUAACGGAUGAGUUUGUUUUUCAGUUCGAUAAUUUCUUGAACAAAUGUGCGAGCCUGGAGCAAACCAAGCGGAAUUUACUGAGUAUCGGCCUCGAUUUUCGAUCCAUUGGGUGUGAUUGCUCCUGUCACCGCCAGAAUCAAAACAAUAUUUCAGUUGUUAUGUAA